GCUGACGAUCCAGCAUUCACCCAUAGAGUUAACUUGGAGAUUCAACAAAAUGAUGAAUACCUAGGAAAAUUAUCACUAGGCCUUUUUGGAUCUGUGGUUCCCAAAACAGUCAAAAACUUUUAUGAUUCAUGUGAAACCAAAUAUACGAACACGACGUUCCAUCUCGUUAUUAAUGGCUUUAUGAUACAGGGAGGUGACGCUGAAAAUGAUGAUGGUACCGGGGGAUACUCCAUGUAUGGGAAGGUGCAGGGGUCCCUCCCUGACGACAAUUUUAAUUUAAAGCAUGACAGGGUAGGAAGGGUUUCAAUGGAAAACUCAGGACCUGACACUGCAGGAUCACAAUUCUUCAUCACUUUGGCUCCAACUGAAUUUUUGGAUGGUAAAAAUGUGGUAUUUGGUCAACUUACUGAGGGUUUUGAAACUCUGAGCGCAAUACAAAGAGUUGCUAAAGAUAGCAAAGAUCGUCCAUUGACUAAUGUCACGAUAUUG